ACGAUUCCUUCUGAGCACCCCACGUGGUGCUUCUGCUGUAGACGCAUCGUUUCGUUUGGGAGGCUCUUUCUGAUUUUGUUGUACUCGUUAAUCCUCUUCUCCUCCCCCCCUCCCUGCUGAAAUCUGUUUCCUGGUGGGUUCCGAGCAAUUUCAGGUCAAGCUUCGCCGCAAUUUGCACCUUGGUCCUGAUAAGCUUUCGAACUGUUUUGUACUGUUUGGCCUCUAAAGUCGCGAGACGCGUCACUUUCAACACUCUGCGCUAUCACGCAUUGAAUCUCGAUCUCUCACAUAAGUCAGCAGCCAUUUCGGUUGGUUCUAGAAGAGAGGCCGCGUCUGUCCUGCUUCCAUGGUCUACUGAUAUGUCGAAUUCAGCAGAGAGGCUAUGGAACGAGGAGGAGAAGUACAUGCUACUUACUGAGAUCUUGAAGAAGGCAAGAGUACCCUCUAGUCACUUAGUAAAGAUCAUCAGGGAUUUUGGUAUCACGCCAAGCUGGGCGGAUAUACCCCUACCUCCAGGCCGCUCACUCAACUCUUGUCAAAUGGCUUUUUACAACAUGUGCCAACACUUCCAGUUGACAGUCAAUCCUGGCCGUGGACCGGUGCCUCAUGCCCAUGACUCUGCCCCGCCGGCAACAGCGCCCUUGGACGCCGGUGCUUUGCGUAAACGACCUUUGUUUCCCUUAGAUAAAGGAAUCCGUCCCCACCGUGCAAUCCAGCCCCGCCCUGCAAUCAGUACGGCGUCUUACAGUAGCGAAAGUGGUGCCUCGGCCCUCUUGUCUCCUAGCUCAGAGAACAUCACUGUUAGAGGCGAACCCCCACGGAAACGAGGUCGCCCAAGCAAGGCUGAAUCAGAGCGACGCAAGGCAGCCGCUGAGGCUCGCGGCGAAACCUAUCCUCCUCCAAGGCGUUCUGUCUCGAAUAAAGUGAAAUUGCCUUCCGCACCGACUAGUCCUGCUGAAGUAGGACCUGGUCCACCUUCACUCGGUCCUCAGACUAUUGGCCGACCGUCAAACCCAUCCCAACCCGAGCUACACUAUCCCAUACCACCAAGGCGACCAUUGUCGCUGGGAGGACCGAUCAGUGAAACGCGGCUGCAACCAAUGCCUAACCAGGAGUUGGUACCUCCAAUGAGAGAAUUACCGCGCCCUCCUGAAAUGAGGCAGACGCUGCCAUCGCCACAAGCGCUACAACUAGGACACGGGGACACAAUUCUGAGAAGGGAGACGGGAGACCGGCCAUUUGAACCCCUUCUGCCUGAUAGGACAUCAUUCGUGGGAAGCAAUCGAAGGAGCCUUGUUCACCCUCUCGCCAGGCGCCCAGAAGAGGCGCAUGCGUCGGUUUCAGACUUAUUGAUAGACAGGCCAGCAGAAAAUCGACCUGAAUAAUAUACGAUCGUGGAGAUUACAACGACAUCAUCUCAGAAAGCAUCGACUUACGAUUAAUGAUUCCGUGUUAUUCACCGAAGAUAAUUGCAUAAAUUCGAACUCGUUGUCGUGAAGCAAAUUGAACCAGUCGUAACGACAACCUAACUAUGACCAAUGCACAUGCCCACGUAUACGUCAUUCCACCUACAUACGAUUUUCGUUCCACGCCUCGUCAUUCUACCAAUCACGGUACUUGCUCUCAUUUAAAACACGCAAGCACAACGAUAUACUUAUGCGUUCUUCCCCUUUAACGAUUCAAUUCUUCGUCUUCUGCUGAUUACGUUCGAGCCGAAGCAUCCAAUCGACUGGCCCAAGUGUGUCAAAAUGUCAAUGGUGCGCCUUUCAAAAAUUCAUCUGGAGACAUGUGUCCGAGUUUGAGAUGAUCCAGGACAAUAGUC